AUGGCCGAUUCGAAGGAUCAGCUUCAAGCCAAUACCUACAUUUGGAGCCAAAGUGACGACCAGGUGACCAUUUCCUUCCUUGUUCCCGAGACUUGCAAGACCAAGGACUUGGAGGUGCGAUUCGAGCAUCAACAUGUGUGUGCAGGCUUGAAGGGACAGGAGCCCGUGCUCAAGGGCAAGUUGUUUUCGCCUAUCAACCAUUUUGAGUCGUUGUGGCAACUUGAAAGGACAUCCAUGUCGCCUUUAUCAUCCAUGACCACGUCUCCUUCCUUGUCGAUAGCGUCUUCGUAUGCUCUCAUGUCCUCGCCUAAUCAUUCACCAAACUCGUCCAUGAUUCUCCCAGCGCCGGCGCUUGCAGAAUCUGCCAAUACAAAUGAUCCUGCAACCCUUUCGGCUGACAUGGCGGAUAUCUAUCAACAAGCGGCUGCUCUUGGUUCAGCAUCCAUUCAAUCAUCCACUUCUUCUGUCAAUGGUGAUGAUGCAGGCACUUCUUCUCAAGUCGAUUCUCCCGUCAUGGUCAGCAGUAACAUUCAGCAACAACAGCAACAACAACAACCUGCACCCAAGUAUCGUAUUCUUACCAUUCACUUGGAAAAGGAGCGUGAAGGCGUCGAAUGGGCUGUACCCGUUUCAAAUGGUUGGAAAUCAGAAUUGGAUAUUGAUAUCACAAGUGCUUAUCAUCUUGGUGAAUGGUUCGAAACUCGCAUGCUUGAUUUCAAGAAUGCUUUGCGUUAUUAUCAAAGUGCUGCUGAACGUGGUCACACGCCUUCCAUGAUCAAGGUGGCUGGUAUUUGUGAGUUGGAUCAAAAAGAUCUUCCCAAGGAUCCAAAGACAGCCUUUAGUUGGUACAAGCGUGCAGCGGAUGCUGUUGUUGAAUCGGCGGGUACAAGCAUUAGCAACGGUCCUGAUCCCCUUGCAUGCUAUAUUGUUGGCAGCACCUAUGGUGCAGGAUCACCCGAAGCUGAAGUGGAAAAGAAUUAUGAGCAAGCCUUGAUUUACUUUAACCGUGCCAUGAACAUCACUGCCCAACGUAUCGACAUUGACUUUACAGUAUUGGAAGAGGAUGCCGAGAUUCCAAAGUCGCUUUUACGUAACCAUGGUCCCCAUUAUGGCAACGAGCAUUUCUUCUGCAGUGCUGCUUUCCAAACGGGUCUUAUUUAUCUUUAUGGAUCAUCACCCGAAGGUGAAGCAGUGCAAUCGGUCACCCAUGUCGCCAAUGAUCCUUUAAAGGCACUUCGUUAUUGGAAGGAAGCAUCUAUUCUUGGUCACGCACAAGCAUCAUACAAUAUCGGUAUCAUGUAUGCCAAUGGUAUGGGUGUGGAGCAAGAUUUAUGGGAAGCUGGACGAUGGUUUGGUCGUGCUGUCAAGCUUGACAAUACUGGCAAGUUGCAAGUCCCUGAUGGUGUCAAGGCGGUUGACUGGGAUGCUAAAAAGGAGGAUCAACAACAACAAGCAAAGCAACAACAACAACAACCUACCGCACGUGGUGGUAAAAAGAUGCGAAGAAGAAGAAGAAAGGCAAAACGCUCCAAUUCUGGGGAUGAUGGACUUGUGGGUGUGAUACUUGCUCUUGGAUCUGCUGCUGCGGUGGCUGGUGUCAUUUGGUGGUACUACUCAAGAGAAAGUACGCGUAACUGA